AUGUCAAAAUGUGUUCGAGCCUUUCAAUGCAGUGAAUGCCAAAAGAGUUUUUCGCGGAAUUCGGAUCUGCAGAAACACAUUGAUGCUGUACACAAAGGUCUACGGCCGUAUGAAUGUAUAACGUGCCAAAAACGCUUCUCCCAGAAGUCUAGUCUCAAACGCCACCGGGAAGCCGUUCAUGAAGGUAUAAAAGCGUUUCAAUGCACUCACUGUUCUGCGCGGUUCUCCUACGAUGUCCAUCUGAAGCGCCACACACGAGCUAAGCACAAGAACCUCGGCUCAAAUAGCAACAACAACAAUGGUGGCGGUGGCAAUUCAGCAACCACUACAAUGGCCAGCCUCUCCUCCAAUAGUUUGCCUUCUAGUCCUGUCUUCCAGCCCACUUCUCUGCGCCAGGCCUCAAUUUGA